UGGUCAUUAUAUUUAUAUUGAGAGUUCACUUCAACGCUACGGAGAAAAAGCCAGACUAAUCAGCCCAGUGCAGCUAUCUGGAGGAUUUUGCCUUAUUUUCUGGUACAGUAUGUUUGGGACAGGCAUUGGGAGUUUAAAUGUUUACAUGAAGUCAGACACAGAAAUGCCUCUCUUUUCUCAAAGUAAUAGUUCGGACAACAAUAAGUGGAUAAAAGCUGUUGUGAGCAAAGAUUCGCCUACCGAUUAUCAGAUUAUAUUUGAUGGAACUGUUGGCAACAAUGUCAAGGGAGAUAUUGCUAUUGAUGAUAUCACACUAACGACUGGGUUUUGUUCUCCAGCAUGCACCUUUGAUGAUGGACUCUGUAAUUGGAGACAAGAUCAGAGUGAUGGCUUUGAUUGGACCAGAGAGACAGGUCAAACAAAUACUCCUCUAACAGGGCCGCCAUCAGAUCAUAAUACAGAAAACAAUGGUUAUUACAUAUAUGUUGAAACAAGUUACCCGCGUGAAUAUGGAGACAAAGCAAGACUAAUCAGUCCAGUGCAGGGCAGUGGUCUUCAUUGCUGGACAUUUUGGUACAGUAUGUUUGGAAGACAUAUCAACAAACUCUCUGUAUACAUUAAAACAAAAUUUUGUACGGAAAUACUUAUCUUUUCAAAGGAGAAUGGAACGAAAAUAGCGGACUGGAUGAAAGCUGACAUUAGCCUACAAACAUUUUCAGAAUACGAGAUUAUCAUUGAAGGAAUUCGUGGGAAUGGUCCUGAAGGAGAUAUUGCAGUUGAUGACAUUACAAUGACAAAUGAUACAUGUAAAACAGGUACAAAAUAAUGUUGUUUAGAGG